CCUCCUCUGGCUGGCACCAUGCAGCUCUCUCUUGCUCUGUGUCUCGUCUGCUUGCUGGUGCAUGCAGCCUUCCGUGCAGUGGAGGGCCAGGGGUGGCAGGCCUUCAAGAACGAUGCCACAGAAAUCAUCCCCGAGCUGGGCGAGUACCCCGAGCCUCCGCCAGAGCUGGAGAACAACAAGACCAUGAACCGGGCGGAGAACGGAGGGCGGCCCCCUCACCAUCCCUUUGAGACCAAAGACGCAUCCGAGUACAGCUGCCGCGAGCUGCACUUCACCCGCUACGUGACGGACGGGCCGUGCCGCAGCGCCAAGCCGGUCACCGAGCUGGUGUGCUCCGGCCAGUGCGGCCCCGCGCGCCUGCUGCCCAACGCCAUCGGCCGCGGCAAGUGGUGGCGCCCGAGCGGGCCCGACUUCCGCUGCAUCCCCGACCGCUACCGCGCGCAGCGGGUGCAGCUGCUGUGUCCCGGGGGCGCGGCGCCGCGCGCGCGCAAAGUGCGCCUGGUGGCCUCGUGCAAGUGCAAGCGACUCACCCGCUUCCACAACCAGUCCGAGCUCAAGGACUUCGGGCCCGAGGCCGCGCGGCCGCAGAAGGGCCGAAAGCCGCGGCCCCGCGCCCGGGGCGCCAAAGCCAACCAGGCCGAGCUGGAGAACGCCUACUAGAGGCCGCCCGCCGCCGCGCUCCCCAACCCGCGCCCCGGCCCUGGCGCCCCGGUUUCUGCCCUCUGCGCGCGGUCUGAUUGUUUGUAUCUCAUUGUAAAUGCCUGCAACCCAGGGCAGGGGCGCCGAGACCUUCCGGGCUGCGGAUCCCGGGUGCCAGCAGAGCCCCCCCAGUCCCCCGCGUCCGGAGGGGGUCCCGCAGGGCAGGGGAGGGCCCCGAGAGUCACACACACUGAGCCACGCGGCCCCGCCCACCGGGGCCGCCCACCUUUGCUGGUCCCUUUUCAGAGGAGGCAGAAAAGCAAGCAUUCCACCGUCCGGGGGUUCUAAGGGAGCGGUGGGGAAUGAGGAGAGUCCGGGGACUGGUUAAGAAAGUUCGCUAAGAUUCCUCCUCCACUCCUCUGCCCCUCAUAGAGCCGUUAGCGCCUCGUUGUGCCGAGAACACAGGACUGGGGUUCAUAGAUAGGGCUCCUAGUCCGGACUCUGCCACUGACCUGCUGGAAGACCUUAGACCACGCUCUUUUCUGUCCAGAUUCUGUCCUCGGUUUUCUUCUUUGGAAAAUGGAGGUGGGGCUGCGAUUUGUAUCUCGAGGAAUCUAAUGUCAUGUGAUUCCAAGGCCUUGGGUGCCUUUUGAAUGGGCAAAGGAGAGGUUGGAUUGAAUUACUGCCAUGGUCACAUCCAGA